CAGCUGCGCGUUGCCUCUGGGAGAUGUAGUCCACGAAACAGGGUCGUUUCCGUGUAUCCAGCCUACGUUUAGGUGGUGGAAUCUGCUCUGCAAAGACAAACACAUGUGAAAUUAUUGAUCAGGGUUGUGUGAAUUUAUGGAAACAUGUCAAAGAAACGGGGCAGGAAGCGUAGCAGUGGGGAGCUGAGUGAGAGCUCAGCAUCGACCCUGAGCCCAGACCCAGAUAACCUGCUGGGCCGCAGGAUCCAGCACACCUGGAGAGAAAAGGGUAACGUGACCAAGUGGAAAGGCACCGUACUGGAGCGUCUCACCGUUAACAGCUCCCUUUACAUGGUCAAGUAUGACGGCUUUGACUGUGUGUAUGGCAUUGAGCUGUUUAAAGACAGUCGGGUUUCCAACCUACAGGUGCUUGCAGAGAAAGUUGUGAACAAUAAGAUCAAGGUGCCUCCUGGGGCAGAGGAGCUGGUGGGCCGAGCUGUCGAGCAUCUGUUCGAGAAGGAGGACGGUGAGAAAAAUGAGUGGCGGGGUAUGGUGCUGUCCCGAGCACCUAUUAUGACCCACUGGUAUUACAUCACCUACGAGAAGGACCCGGUGCUGUACAUGUACCAGCUGUGGGACGAUUAUAAGGACGGAGAUCUGCGAGUCCUGCCAGAAUCAGAAAACAAACAUUUGCUCCCAGCAGAUAGGAAGCCAGGGGAGGAGCCAGAGAGCCUUGUGGGUAAGCAGGUGGAGUACGUGACAGAUAACGGUCUGAAGAGAACAGGUUUGGUCAUCUACCAGGUCCCGGCUAAGCCUACAGUAUACUACAUCAAAUACGACGACGACGUCCAUAUCCACGUCUACGAUCUGGUGAAAACCACCUAGUACUGACUGUCGUUUAGUCUUCAGCUGACGGCUUAUCUUCAUCCUGACCAGUCGUUACCUGUUAUAGUGUUAAAGAUUUCUGUUUUCCUCUGGUGGGAGGAGGCAAUGUGCCGAAGAUCAAAAACCCUGUCUUUUUCAUCCUCAUAUUAUGAGAAAUCUAGGUUUUUGAUUCUCAUUUUUUUAAGUUGACCCUAAUGUACGACCUCUUCAUUGUAAAUAAAGCAGGUCUGAGACCGGUUGUAUAGCCCAGCAGAUGAAAAGGAGCUAGGCGUUUGUUUUGGUUCUGUCACAUCUGUUUUGUCCAGCUUUUAAACUCCAAAUCCAAACUUUUUGUAAGCAACACAUCAAACUAAAAGAAUCAUCUUUCUAAUCUAUACCUCUGUGUUUUACUUGUUUUUCGUUUGACUUUUAUAUGCCUGUGCUAUUUAUUUCACCUGGAAUAUCUUGCUGUGCUGCUGGUAAUAUUUUUGGCAAAACUUGUCUGUGCUUUGUGUGUGUCACUGAGUAGGCCUCUGUUUGAAUAUAGAAGUAAUAUUCAUUUGACCAGUGUGCUAAUUUUACCAUCAGAUUUCAGCUGAAGUGUAUAGGCAUCGAAGAGACUCAACUAUGUCUCAUAUCACCAGUAUAAAAUGUAUCAUAUUUAUGUUCUGUUUCAUCAUGUAAACUGCAAGUUUUCUACAUUAUAAUAAUAUAUCCCAAAAAAAAAACAACUAAUGUUGAUGUCAAGUUGUUUCACCGGUGUUUGUGCUACACUCUAUUUUAUGUAGUUAAAAUUGGCUACCAACAUUUUUUAACAUUUUGGACUAAAGUCUUAUUUGCCAAAACUGGAUGAUGUGACAUAUAUAUUGAGGCCUCAGAAUAUUGUUAAUUGUGAUCCUGAAUAUGUUUCAUUCUGUAAAUAUAAUCAAACAUUUUUAUGAACGUAAAAACAAAGAUGCUUGAAAA